ACUGACCAGUCCUAAAGAAUGCUCUCUACAACGAUGGACGUGGGAACAUUGCUUAGCCGCUCGUUACUGCUGACUUUACUCGUAUUCACGGUGACCCAGGAGGCACGAGGAUUGCUGUGUUAUUGUGAGCGAUGUGUAAAUCGGACAUGCAACACAACUGGCCUGUGUUUUGCGGUCAUUACAAAGUCUGCCGGACAGAUCGUGACUCAGGAGAGUGUGACUCAGGAGAGUCAGUGCAUUCAGCAGGAUGAACUUUACCCACCGGACAGGCCUUUCCAGUGCGCCCCCUCCAACAACGGAAAGCAUCCAUACUGCUGCAACACAGACAUGUGCAACAGGAACCCAAAAGUCAGCCCAGAGUUGCCUGACACUGAACUCCAGACACUGAGUCCCGUAGCUUUGGCCGCAGUGAUUGCUGUCCCCAUCUGCGUGCUGAGCUUCGUGCUGGUGCUGAUCUUCUACAUGUGCCAUAAUCGCUCUAUAAUCCACCAACGUGUGCCAAGUGAGGAAGACCCCACUAUGGACCACCCGUUCCUUGCUGACGGCACCAAGCUGAAGGACCUUAUCUAUGACAUGACCACUUCUGGAUCUGGCUCAGGCUUGCCACUGCUAGUGCAGAGGACUAUUGCCAGGACUAUCAUCCUCCAGGAGAGCAUAGGGAAGGGUCGUUUUGGAGAGGUGUGGAGGGGCCGCUGGCGUGGCGAGGAGGUGGCAGUAAAGAUCUUCUCCUCCAGAGAGGAGCGUUCUUGGUUCCGUGAGGCAGAGAUCUACCAGACUGUCAUGCUUCGUCAUGAGAACAUCCUGGGCUUUAUUGCUGCAGACAACAAAGAUAACGGCACAUGGACACAGCUGUGGUUGGUUUCUGAUUACCAUGAGCACGGCUCGCUCUUUGACUACCUGAACAGGUACACGGUCACAGUGGAGGGCAUGAUCAAGCUGUCUCUCUCCACCGCCAGUGGUCUGGCUCAUCUGCAUAUGGAGAUUGUGGGCACUCAGGGUAAGCCUGCAAUUGCCCAUCGUGAUCUGAAAUCCAAAAACAUCUUAGUGAAGAAGAAUGGUACCUGCUGCAUCGCUGACCUUGGAUUGGCCGUGCGGCAUGACUCAGCCACAGACACCAUUGAUAUUGCACCCAACCACAGAGUGGGCACUAAAAGGUAUAUGGCCCCUGAGGUGCUGGAUGACUCUAUUAACAUGAGGCACUUUGAGUCUUUUAAAAGGGCAGACAUCUAUGCCUUGGGUCUGGUGUUCUGGGAAAUUGCUCGCAGGUGUUCUAUUGGAGGCAUCCAUGAGGACUACCAGCUCCCCUACUAUGACCUUGUACCGUCUGAUCCGUCAAUAGAAGACAUGAAGCGGGUAGUGUGUGACCAAAAGCUUCGUGCCAACAUCCCUAACAGGUGGCAGAGCUGCGAGGCCCUGCGUGUGAUGGCAAAGAUCAUGAGGGAAUGCUGGUACGCCAACGGAGGUGCUCGCCUCACCGCGCUGCGUGUGAAGAAGUCUCUAUCCCAGCUCAGUCAACAAGAGGGCAUCAAGAUCUAGAGCAAACCUCUCUUCAUCUUUACACUGCCUAUCCACUCAUCUAGAGAGGACAGCGAGGGACCUGCAUCCGGUGUGGAGGUUUACUUCAAUCAGGGAUAUCGAGAGACCAGAAGCGAUUGGUGCUGUUCCCUGUUGUCCAUGAAAAGAGACAUCCUCAUCAUGCAAGACCACCUCAGACAAACUUUACCAACCAUGCUUCAUCUGGUGAGUCACCAAACAACUAACCACAGUUGGCCAUUCGGUGUCAAUGAUGUGCUUUGCAAGCUGGACUUGAGCCUUUUUGGGCUUAUUUCUGUAUAUAGCCUGUUGUCCAUAGAUGUACAUAUCUGAGUGGACUUGCUUGACUUGUGUAUACUUGUAUGCUCAUAUAUUCACGUAUAGAUGUUCACAGAAACAAAUACUGUGCAUAUUGACGUGCUGCAGUGUUUUGUCCCAGUAAGUGUCACUGCUCUGAAACUUUUAACAUAUUUGGUAAAAAAAGGAUCUUUCUAGGUAUCAAAUCGCUACGUCUGUUUACAGUGGACGUCGGAUUCACACAAAACAGCUCAGAAGUUGAAGAAAAGUUUUAAAGUAGCAAAAAUCAUAUUCUGCUGAUUGCUGUUACAUUGGAGGAUUAUUUGGAGGUGGUUUCGUCAUGUGGCUUGCGACUUCACCGCACUCUCUUUCCAGAGACCGAGAGCAGCCCAUUCAAUCAUGCAGCAUAUUAGAAGCAGCCCGUGGUGCUGCCUGAGGGAACCAGUCCUUAAAGAAUCAGUAAGAAAACUGGGUUAGUCAUUAAGAGCCAUUUGUACAAAGACCAACUUAGCUACAGAACAUCUGCGUUAAUGUAAUAAGGAUGUGUAUGCUUUUAUACACAUUUGAACGGACGGAAGAUCUGAUUAUAUUUUUCUUCAGUACAUAAUUUACCGUUUCCAUUCAUGCACCUUGAGGCUUUAAGAGAACAUGUAGCUCAGAAAGAUGCUAACUAUGACCUAUCUAUUGUAUUUUGCUCUGUGCAUAUAGUCUGAACAUGUUCUUCGGGUUGAGUUAUCCAGUCUUACUAGUUUUGCUGUAUGUGCUGUUUUUAUGGAGCUGGAUUUAUUCAGAUCAGUACAAGACACCAUUUUGAUUGUGACCUCAUGCAUAUAGUUGAGCAACAGUCUUUGAGCCGCAAUGUACUGUAUCUCGUGGAUGUGUAACUCUGUAUUUGGUCAAGCUAAGUAAUAAGUGCUCCUUUGAUUAUUGAUUUUGUUGUAUUUCAUAGCUGGAGGCUAAGUGCGCUCAGAGUCAAUGAAUGUGCUUUAUGUCCCUUAUCAAACUCUUUCUGUGAUCUCAAAACUUUUUUAGACCGUCUAUAGACAUUUUUAAGAAAUCUGUCUUUAUUUGGACAGCCGAAAAAUCGUCUGGGGUGUUUUUAACAGUCAAGUCAGGUGGAAAUCUUCUCUGUGAAGAUGUGAACCAAGCUACUUUAAAGGAAUAGUUCGCCAAAAAAAGAAUAUCGUCAUCAAUUACUCACUGUUAUGUCAUUUCAAACGAAUUAGACUUUUGUUCAUCAUUUUUAAUGAAUCUGAGAGAUUACAGUCCCUCCUAUGAAAGUCUAUGUAACCAAAAUUUUUACUCUUUAAUAAGUUCAUAAAGCGGUUAUAAAAGAAAUCCGUAUAAAUCGAGCUGUUCUUCAUAAAAAUCAAUUGUGUCUUUACAGAAGACUUGAAUUAAACUGCUCGAUUCAUGUGGAUUUCUUUUACAAUGUCUAUGAACUUCAAGCAUCAAAGUUAUGGUACAAUGAACUUUCAGUGGACUAAAUGGUAUUUCAUUUCAUUUCAAAUAUCCUCAUUUGUGUUUCAAAGAUGAACAAAAGUCAUACAGGUUUGGAAUGAGUAAUAGAUGACAAAAUUUUAAUUUUUUCAUAACUCCUUCACUCUGGAUUUUUGUUAUAAACUCAUGCCAAAAAUCACCAGCAGCCUUCAGUACGUUCCAGUCAAACAAUGAAGCAAAUGUCUAGGUUUCUCUAGGUAUCCACAACCUCACCAGCUCAGAUAUUGUCAUUUGAUGUCAUUUACUCUAUCUAAAGAGUCAGUGUACAUAUUUUUUACAUAUAUAUAUAAAAAGGAAACAUGUUGUUGUAUGACUACACGGUCACUUUGGUGUCAUGUUGAACAUUCAGUAUUAAAAGAGGGUCACACUACAAUAGCGCCACACUCUUCUGCAACCCACAUUGGCAUUAACUCGAUGAAUCAAUGAGUUCCUGCUCAAAAGGGCAGGAAAUGAUGUGGGAUGCAGCCAGGAACACUUACGCUCUGAUAUGCAAUCUCGCUGUGUUUUCCCGUGCAUGAUGCAAUACAAGUGCCUCGAUUUUAUAUAGAUUGUGCUUUCUGCAAAGUCACAAAUUAUUGGUAUUUCCAGCCCCUGAAAUCCAGAAUGGAUCUGUAUUCGUAACUAUUUGAAGGUCAUACCUCUGUUCAUCUUUGUUCAUUCCAAGGUUAUUGUUUCGUGCGGACAAAUUUUGCUAUUCAGAUUCAGUUUCCUCUAUAUAUUAGUCAUUCCAGAAGCCUUUUUUUUAUAAUGAGUGCCUACUCUGUGGUUGGUGUAAAUGUAAUUUGUUUGGGUUUCCGGUCACACUGAAGCUUCUUAAAAGAGCUGAACCAUCACUGUAAAAAAACACUACAGUGCAAAACUCAAAAAUAAUUCAUCUCAAAAGCAUACCUCUUUGUACAAAUGUGAUCAUUUACCUCAGUGACAUUGAUUUGUACAAAGUGCUUUCAUUGUGAAAUGUUUUUAUGUUUUAUUUGUGUCUUUCAAGGAAUUGUCAGUUAUGUAUUCUAGUGCUCUCCCUAAUAUUUGAAACACUUGGCAAUCUCUGCAAAUGAGAAAGACUUUUGAGUCUUAUUUUCUUCUACAGUGUCACGUUGUCAUUCGGAUUAGAGUGUUCAAGGAUCAGAUUGAAAUGAAUCACUGUUAACGGAUGAGAAGAUGAAUGCUCAAAUUGUAGUGGAUAUGUCUUUUUUCUGUUGUUAAACUUAUAAAUAUGAAAUUCAUGUUAAUAAGGUACUUAUUUUACCUUGGAGAAUUUGGUGUAUUUCUUGAAAGUUGGACUUAAGUGCGACACAUUGUCUCUUCAAUGUUCUUGUGUGGAUGUCUGUAGUUUUAUUUCUCUGUUGCAGCACUGAACAUCAUGGGGAACAAUUGAUUUUCAUAGAUGCCCAUUUUGAAUUUUGCCUAAAUAUUUCUUUGACUCCACUAACAGACCGCUGAAUAGAAGCACACAUACAUUGCUGUACAAAAGUUUGAAAGGAAUAAAUACUUUUUCUGCAAGAACUCAUUAAAUUGAUCAA